AUGUUCGACUCAAGAGACAAGCUGUCGGCGUUGUUAGUUAUCACUGGAUCUAACGUGGCCGGGCAAUUAUUGAUGGUUGCGUAUGUGCUCAGCUUUACAACUCGCUUCUUUUUACAAAUCUAUAGCGAUUCUGGGAUGAAACACGGAGCAGUCCAGCUUCGUAGACAGAAAGAUGAACGUGAUCUUCCAAAACCUGCUGGCAAAGUUAACAUCAAUUGUCUUGUUAGUCCUGGGCCGUGCCUGUGUGGGAUCUCUUUCACGGAGACCAAAACCUUCCUUUACCAGCCAAAGUUACAUAACUACCAGCUUCACUAUUGCGGUCAUGCUUAA